AUGCCAGAAAGUCCGACCGGUCAAUUCUCGUCUUUCAAGUCUCCGGCCGAUGUAAAGACCUGCUUUCUUGAUACAAUUCAAAGAAAGCCAUCGAGAAAGAAAAAUCCCCGGGCGUUUCGAAUUUGGAAAGAAGAUGUUCUCCAACAAAUAGAAGACUUUUUGAAGGAGGAUUUCGAUAUCAACUUUUGUGACCGCGAAAUAUCAACAUCACCUUUAUGGCAAGCGACAAUGCGACAGGAAACUUUUCAGAAGAUUUUGGAAAACACGACAACACUCGUGAACCUCUCCGGGGAGGACGUUGGAGCCGAAAUUGACUGCAUGGAUAAGAAAUACCGCACUCCCCUAUCGCACGCAGCCGAGCGGGGGUUCCAUGAGACUGUAAAAUUUCUUGUCGAGGAAGGAAAUGCUGAUGUCGAUUCAAAAGAUUGCGAGCAGCUUACUCCAUUACAAUGGGCGAUCAGUGGUGGACGUACCGAUAUUAUACGAUACUUAUUGACAAAGGGGGCCGAUGUCAAUCACAGGGAUCGUCUUGGCAGAACACCAUUACUUAUGGCAGUAGGACCAAGCUCCAGUGUUUCAAAAUCUCAAAAGGAAGAAACCAUCAAUCUCCUUAUGAAACAUAAGGCAGAUCCUAACUCCGCGGACAAUGAAGAAAACACCCCUCUUGUACUUGCAGUUCGUCACUCAGAUAUCACAACUGUUGGGCAACUGUUAGCCUCGGAACACUUUAUAAUUGAUGUGAACCAGUACGCAAAAGGUCGAACGGCACUGUCGUUAGCAACGGAGCUAGAACUUGUGGGUAUCAUGGAACAGCUUAUACCAAAGGCUGAUGUCAACCUCGGGGAUGACAACGAGCUGAAGAGAACACCGUUAAUAUGGGCUGUUGAGAAAGAAAAGGGCCUUGCGGUGAUAAAGUUGCUCCAGACGAGUGGGAUCAAAGUGAAUAGCUCUAAUGCGCAAGGGCGAACUCCCUUCUCGCUGGCUGCAGAAAAGAAGUGGGUUGACAUCAUGCAGAUGCUUUUAAAGAGCAAGGCUGAUCCCCACGAAGAGGAUAAGAACGGCCAUACAGGAUUUUGGUGGUUCCUAAGAGCUAGAUCCGGUCGUCCGAUAAUUCGCGCCACCCUCGGUCAUACAUUCCCAAUGAUGUAUCGCAGCAGUCUUGUAAAAUUGAUGGAAGUGCUCGAGCACCUGGAGCCAAAUCGGCAGGACUCUACUGGCCGCACUUGGUUAUCUUGGGCUGCUGAGUAUGGCGAUCAGGAGAUUGUCGAAUUACUCUUGGGCUAUAAGAACACUGAUCCAAAUUUUCGCGAUGGAGUGAAAGGAAAUGAGAAAAAAUUUGCUAGGACUCCAGUGAUUUGGGCAGUGGAAAAGCACCACGAACGUCUAGUGCAUUGGAUGAUUGCAAAAAAUAAAAAUGACUUCUCGCUGAAUUAUCUGAUUCGUCAGUUUGACACUCUAAGAGAGGAACUUGGAACGGACAAGGCAUUGCACAUCGUCAAAACAUUUAUCUCCUACGGUGAAGUGGAAGGUCUCGGCUUUACAGGGAGAGAGGGCCCAGAGGGAAAUACACCUUUGCACCUUGCCUGUCUUCAGGGAAACGAAGAGAUCGUGGAUGCCUUGUUGAAAAGUGAGGCAUAUCCCAAUCCCAGGGACUCUAUGGGCCGAUCAUGUCUACAAUACGCUUUACGUCCCCAAAACGAGAUAAUUGUCAGACGGCUUCUUCGAUCCAUGUCUGAACUCGGACAUGUGCAAUCAAGUGACUGGUUUCGCAUUACGGAGCAGAACACUUGUUGGGUUCAAGUAUACAAACUCGGUGACUUGAGAAGUGGCUUUGACUGGAAAUUGACUGGCAACCUUCGACGCGACCAACUGUUAUCAGAAGGAUCUUCGAGAAUAUAUCUCUGUACGCCGCAGAGUCCGUGGACUCAUGUACCAGCCCUGUUCGAUGCUGAGAAUAAUAUGAGAUCUGAAAAAGAGAAAUCAAACGAUAUUCAGUACAUCCAGAAAGAUUCUCCAGACUCUGUUGUGUCCUACAUAUCAAUAAAUUUUCCUCUCCAAGACCGGUUCCUUUCUGAGAAACAUGGGAUGCGUCAGGGCCCGUGGGGCAUUGCAUGGAUUAGAAGGCCGGGGGCAAAAGACAAGGUCACAUUUCUAAGUAGUAUUUCAGAUGGCUGUAUUCCUGCAUCUGACAGCCACUUCUUUCGGCUGUUUCUGAGGGAUCUCAAAAAUCAAUGGGUCAUUGCUUGCUCGAUUGCCAGCGUGGGAAUUGAGGAAAUACAAAAAGAACAAUUGGAGCAAAGGGGCCGAAAGUCUACAUUGAUUGAUCAAAUUGCUGACAAUGCAUCGAUUCGAAUUAAUUUCCGGAAUUGCUUGCGGUCACAUAUCAAUAGACUAGGCCACCAGGUCAAGACCGAUCAAUUUUUCACAAAAGAUGCCCGAACAGAGCUCACUGCUCUUAUUGAUGAAAUUGGGAAUGAUGCAACCGGAAGACUAAAUGACAUGGAACGUGCAGUUCGUGAAUUGCUGCAAAUGGAACUUGCUUGGGUUUCAAAGAACGAGGCAGCGAGUAUCAAACGUCUUACUUGGAUUACCUUCAUUUUCCUUCCUCUGAUGUUUACCUCUGUGAGUAGUCCUCAAACCAGAGAUUAG